AUGUCAUUUUGGAAACCUGUGCCUCCGCCACCGACUCCAUUAGGUCGUUAUCGCGUUCUCUCUCCCUUAGCGGGAGUCCGCGUUUCGCCGCUUCAGCUCGGAGCUAUGAGUAUCGGCGACAAAUGGUCAAAUGUAGGAAUGGGGUCGAUGGACAAGGAGUCAUCUUUCAGGCUUCUGGAUGCUUUCUUCGAUGCUGGUGGUAAUUUCAUUGAUACAGCAAACAGCUACCAGGAAGAAACAUCAGAGAUGUUCAUCGGAGAAUGGGCAGAAAAGCGCGGCAUCCGUGAUCAGCUUGUAAUUGCAACGAAGUACACUUCGAACUUCAAGCGUUCAGCAACUGAUAUCGCUAUAAAAGCGAAUUACGUCGGAAACAACGCUAAAUCACUCAAGAUUAGUGUGGAAGCUAGCCUCAAGAAACUGCGUACAUCGUACAUUGAUAUUCUUUAUGUGCACUGGUGGGACUUCAAUACGUCAAUCGAGGAGGUUAUGGACCGCUUGCACCAUCUCGUUGUCGCAGGAAAAGUUAUUUAUCUUGGCGUGUCCGAUACUCCUGCGUGGGUGGUCUCUGCAGCUAAUCAGUACGCGAAAGACCAUGGAAAGUCUCCUUUUGUCAUUUAUCAGGGGGCGUGGAACGUCAUGGAGCGUAGCUUUGAGCGUAAGAUUAUCCCGAUGGCACAUGUGAACGGUCUCGCACUAGCACCGUGGAACGUCCUAGUAGCCGGACGUCUUCGUACCGACGCAGAAGAGGAACGACGUUUAGCGUCAGGUGAAAAAGGUCGCACGGCAUUUCAACCGGAUUGGGUCCGUAAUGAAAACGAGAAGAAAAUGAGUACGGCAUUGGAGAAAGUUGCGAAAGAGAUGGGUACGGAGUAUAUCACUGCUGUCGCUAUUGCGUAUGUGAUGCAGAAAACACCUUACGUUUUCCCUAUUAUCGGCGGCCGUAAGGUCGAACAUCUCAUGGCGAACAUCGAUGCGCUCAAGGUUUCUCUUUCUGAGGAGCAUAUCAAGUUCCUUGAAAGUAUCAUCCCGUUCGAUCCGGGCUUCCCUACUACGAUGAUUGGUGAUGGAACACCGAACAGGCCCAACCCUCUGCUGGAUACUGCUGUACACUGGGAUCGUUGA